AUGGCGCCGCAUUUUUCAGGAGCAUCAGCGAUCAAGUACACAGACACCCUGAUUCAACCUGAACCAACCCCAGACACCCUGAUUCAACCUGAACCAACCCCAAACACCCUGAUUCAACCUGAACCAACCCCAAACACCCUGAUUCAACCUGAACCAACCCCAAACACCCUGAUUCAACCUGAACCAACCCCAAACACCCUGAUUCAACCUGAACCAACCCCAAACACCCUGAUUCAACCUGAGCCAACCCCAAACACCCUGAUUCAACCUGAACCAACCCCAGACACCCUGAUUCAACCUGAACCAACCCCAGACACCCUGAUUCAACCUGAGCCAACCCCAAACACCCUGAUUCAACCUGAACCAACCCCAGACACCCUGAUUCAACCUGAGCCAACCCCAAACACCCUGAUUCAACCUGAACCAACCCCAAACCAACCCGAAACGACUUGA